CUUUUUAUAAAUAAUAAGUGGAAAGCAAAACGGUCGACGUGAAAGAGUAGGAUAAUUUCCACGAACUGUAAGGCUGUCUUUGAUCAAGUGUUGUCGAUAACAAGUGUUUUUUAUUAAAAUGCUAAAUUUACCUGCAAGAUUGUGCAAUGCCGUGAUUUGGAUUGGAAUUUUUGUUUCCGCGAAUGGACAAGAACCAAUUUCACGACUUACACGAUGGCAGUAUUUGGAGAGACAGAAGCUGCGGUCGCGGUUAGAGAAGGGAAGUAGGCUGCUCGAAAAGCUCAAUGUUCAGCCCGAAUAUACAACGCCAUCUCCAUCGUCCCCAUCACAGAAUAUGUUUCCAACAGGUUUACCAGUCGGGCCAUCGUGGCUAGAACAGUAUCAACUGUUAAAGCAUAUACUAGAAAGUCAUCUUAAUAGCACAGCUGCACCUACAAACACAGAAAAAAUGACAUCUAUCAGACAACGGCUACUUGCAAAUAGGCAUAAGCAACAGGAACAAAAACUGCAAGAACAGAAACUUCAGGAACAGAAACUGGAGGAACAGAGACAGACGGAACUGAGAUUGCAGGAACAAAAGCUGCGAGAACAGAAACUCCUUGAACAGAAACUUGAGGAACAGAGACUGCAUGAACAGAGAAUGGAAGAACUAAGGCUGCAGGAACAGAGACUUCAGAAACUGCAACAACAGGAAGAAAAGCUACAGGAAAAACGAUUGCAGGAACUUAGACUGCAGGUUCAAGGGGCAUCUCAGAAUCUACGACAGAUAGCUAAAGCUCAAAUGAACCAGGGCCAAAAUCUUUCUGGAAUAGACACCGGGGGCUCCAUAUUUGGUCCAAGCGAUGGUGGUGGUGGUGUAGAAAUCGGGCUACGUCCAGUCGAGGACAGCCAGUGGCAAGACACAUUCGGUGCAGGUAUUCCCAUCACAGACUUUAAGGAAGUGAAUAUUAGUACCACCGUUGAUCCAGGCAGUCAGACGGGGCAAGUGGAUAGGUCUUCUACAAACGUUAGUCAACCUCCGAAUAGCAACAUAGGACAGAAUGUCAACAGACAAAGUGCAGCUUUACCGACACUUAACGGUGGAUGGAUGCCGAUAGCAGAGGUUACACGGGCGUCCUCAAGCAUUAAUUCCAACGUUAAGAAUAAAAAUACUAAAACACAGCUGGGUAAUCUACUAGGUAAUCUCUCAUCAAAACUUAGAAAUAGAGCUCUACAUUAACAUCUGAAUCCACUUGUCCAGUCAGGAAUAAAUAGGGAUAAUACUUGUCCUAAUCUUAUAUGAACUUGUCUUGACCGUUCAACCUUUUUCAUUCUAAAUAUUUAGUAUUUAUAAAUGAUUUCUAACAACAUUAAAUAAUUAAAAACACAAUUCAAGUAUGUUCACCUACUUUUAUGAGUUACAUUUUGAGUAGUAUGAGGGUGUGCUUCAGAAGUGGAUUAUUCGAUUGAUAAAAAGGUCUACCAUGAUAUGCAGAUUACAGACGAUUGUUGUCUAUGUAAACUACCACAUGUGAGAUUCGUCAAAACUUUGUAAUAUCUUUAUAUUUCUACAAUCUUAAAACGAUUCCCCAACAGUUAAGGUUGAUUUAAACAGACUUCUAUUUUUUAUAUCUCGCAUUUAUUAGACGUGGCAUCCAGGCCGAUUCUUAAGGGAUACUUGUUGACAACUUUCAAUGGAAAAGAAUCUAUGGAAAAUAUUUUUGAUUGUAAACAAAGUGAACACUUAUCAAAAACACAUUCUUUCAAUUUUCCUUAAUAUAUAUUGGAAAGGAACCGUUUUAAUGUCUGUGUAAAUGAUCGAUAUAUAACACGUUUGUACGGGUCGCUGGUCAGGCGCAGUGGAUAUUUCCGUUUGUCAAGGGAAAUCACUGCGCUUAAAAAUCGCUAAAUAUUCACGCGCAUACCUGUCGGAUAUUUUAACAAUAAGGAGCAGUAGUUUACCGCAUUGCUAGCUUAUUUAUUUCAGUUGAUUGCGCUCACAAGCCAUAGUGCAGCCAUUAUGGGGCGAGGGACCUUUAUAAAUAUUGAAUUUAUUGCAUGUAAAGACAAUUAUGUCAAUUCAUUACCAUUUUGAUAUUGAAUUCAACUUCUUUGCAUUAUAUUUCUUACUCUUGACAUGAAAUGUAUUAUAUUUGAAUGUGCUCAUAUGUACUUAUAUUUAAUGUAAUAUGUUUAUAAUGACGAGACACUAGAAACUUUGUUUAGUUUAAUUCGAUACAAGUUCUGCCCCGUUCUGUUCUGUUUAUAAACUUAAAGAACACCAUUUCGCACCUAGUUAUCAACCUUACGUGCAUGGAAUACUUUCAACAUACAUGCAUGUCCAAAAGUUGCCCCACAGACAUUUACCGCGAAAUGAUUUAGUUGUGCCCAAUCGGUCGGUGGGGUGAACAAGUAUUAUUUAAUCUUUAACGUGUUUCUGUUAACAUUGUGCUGUCUUGUUAUAAGAGUUAGACAUCAAUUCAUGUUGUUCCUGCUUAUUUCACUGACUUAUGUUUAAACCUAUGUUUAUCCUCAUUUGAAUAAUGAUAAAUAUAUAUUUACAUUUAAACCUA